AUGGCUUCUACAAUCACCAACGGUCGCGCAAAUGCGAUGCGGACUCGAAACGUGGCGAUCGCCAGCAUGAUCGCCGUCGUGACAUCAAACUGGCUUCUUUUCCGCGCUCAGUCCCCGAAUAGCAAGGAUGUGUUGUACACCGAGAAGGAUAAGAAGAUGAUGAAUGGACAAACGGGAUCGGCUGCCACCGCGCGGACGCCUUCGCGGGAGAGGGCGGAGAAGCAUUAA